AUGACCUCCCCGUCUAUCAUCCCCUCUCUCUCUCUUUUUGCACGGACAAAUAUUUCUCCUCUGUUUAUUCAUCUUUUCUGUCCCAGCCCGUUCUCGUUCUCUCUAUCUUGGUCUUUGCAUCAUAUCUGUCUCAGUUUGGUCCUUCCUUUCAUUGUUUUUCUUUUCCAUUAUCUCUUAAGUAGUUAUUGCGAGCAUUCUCUCUGUGACCGGCAUUCCGAGCGAAGAUGGCCAACUCUCUUAGUGUGGAUCACUCAACAGCAACAUAGUUUUCUCUCUUUUUUUAUUUCCUUCUCCCUCUCUCUCUCUCCCCUUCUCCCUCUCUUUCUUUCUUUCUUUCUCUCUUUCUUUCUUUCUUUCUCUCUUUCUUUCUCUCUUUCUCUUUCUUUCUUUCUUUCUUUCUUUCUUUCUUUCUUUCUUUCUUUCUUUCUUUCUCUUUCUUUCUUUCUUUCUUUCUCUCUCUUUCUUUCUUUCUUUCUCUCUCUCUUUCUUUCUUUCUUUCUCUAUUUCUCUUUCUUUCUUUCUUUCUCUAUUUCUCUUUCUUUCUCACUUUCUCUCUCUCUUUCUUAA